CCGCGAAGGUCCGUUUCCUGCGGCGAGAACUAGAGAGACCUCAGUUCCUGCAGAGCCGAGAGCCUGCGGCGGCACCUGUUCGCACGCUCUUCUGCACCGGCAGGUUCCCCAAGAUGUCAGCUUCAGCCCCACAAGGCCAUAACCGGACCCGACAGCUGAAGAAAGAAGACGAGGAAGAAGAUCCACUGGACCAGCUGAUCACCCGCUCUGGCUGUGCUGCCUUCCACUUUGCAGUGCAGGAGUGCAUGGCCCAACACCAGGACUGGCGUCAGUGCCAGCCACAAGUGCAGGCAUUCAGGGAUUGCAUGAGUGCACAGCAGGCAAGACGGCGGGAGGAACUGCAGAGGAGGAAAGAGCAAGCCAGUGCUCAACACUGAGACCCUAAACCGUCAUCCCAUAGACUGGCCCUGAAGAAAUAAGCACCCAGAGCGACCCUGGGAAGAAGAAAUCCUAAGUAGUAGAGUGUGCAAUAGGAGAUAAAUAAUUUGGACCGUCUUUGGGACUAGGUUGAAAGCACCACGAGCUGUUUUUACUCUAUGAUCAGAUCAGACACAUCCUCACCGUUCCUGUUCCACCCAUACUUGUAUCUAAAAUUAGUGGGAUAUGGACCACCCCCUCCAUCCUAUCUCACGAGUGUGCCAAGUCCUUUGUAAGUAAAUUCACAGCCUAAAGGUA